UGCGACGCCAUCACGGACGAGGGCGAGUGCAACGACCAGGGUGCCACGCUGAACUGCGCCUACGGGUCCCGGUUCGAGCAGGAUGCUCAGGACGAGUGGACGGUGGAGAAGCACGCUGCCAUGUGCUGUAUGGAAGUGAAAUGGAAAUCCGCAUUGCACUUGUACUUAUGCAAGUAUAGCAGAUGCUGAUGCAGAAUGCAACGCAACGGCGUCCCUGUUAGUGUCUGGUGCAGGGUCAAGAGUCAACGAUGCCGGAGAAUGAUAGAUAGUGAAGAGCAUGAUGAGGAUUUUUCAUUCAAGAAUCUGCAACUUUUGCGAUGUAACUACAUCAAAGCACACGAAAGAGAGCGUUGUCGCGUAUACAAGUUAAGAGAUAUCUGCGUUUGUGCUCAUAUUGAAAAUUUGUGUAUAUUACGUAUAGAUAGUUCGACACCCGCAAUGUGGUUUUUCUGUCCCAUUCGCGACGAUUGCAGCGCUGCGGUGGACGACACCAUUACCGAGGUGACCGCCGAACUGCAGUGCACCAAAGGCACUGGCGACAAGUGCAAGUUUGACCAAGACGACAAGUGCGUGGCAGCGGCAGUCGACGGCACGCCACCACCGGAAGCCGGGCCCACCUGUACGAGCGAGGAGCACACGGGAAAACUGUGCAUUCAGACCGCUGGGCAGUACUGCGAGACUAUUGCACCCAGCGCCCCCUUACCCGCAUUCGCAGACGGCGACACUUGCAGCAGAAAAACUCCAUAUAAUGGCACGGGGAUUACAUGGACUACCCCUUUGGAUUGGCAAGCAUUGCAUCGCAACGUCAACUGGUACUGGAAAGCCGACCUGUGCUAUGGAAAAAAAGUCCAUUUUUCCGUUCACUACAAUGUUCUCAGGAGGUAAAAAUCCUUUUGCAGCGUGAUGUGCAUGAGAUUCGUCGGGUUGUUGCAAAGUUCCCCUCAUCAUCAUCUGCAGAAGUAUCUAUAACCGCUGCGUCACGGGAUGAAAUCACGUAUAAGCAAGAUGCGACCACUUCUUAUAUAUGAUUUUCUCCUGCUACAGUACUAUUUUAUUUUCUGGGUCUCAAGGUAGUUAAAGUUGAACUCACACAGAAAAACUUUUGGGAUUAUCGGAGGAGCGGAUGCAUUGGCCUUUUUUGUUGCAUAAAUCUCGGGCGGAUUGCCAGAAUGACGCGAACUGGUAUCGAAAAAAACAACAAGCAAAUUAGCGUGGUGAGUAUGGUGCAACUUUUGCUAUGUUUGUGGCGUAGAUAAGGCGAUCGCGCCAUCUUCAUUUACAAAUAGAAUCAUGCGAUGAAUCAAACACUAGGUGGUCAUGAAAAUAGAUGUAAGUAAGAUGAGGUUCACCAGUGCUGGGCACAGAAGGCAAGCGUCCCUUCGUCCUGUUGCCCAAAUUUACAUUCCCGUGCUCGCGUUGUUUUUUCUUGAUGCCGUUGCGUGGUACACCACCAUUCAUGGGGGGACGUUGGUCGACGACACCGGAGCGGAUUGGCAAAACCAGGACCACAAAAACUGUGAGGAGGUGGAAUGGAUUAAAGCUACUACCGGGGAGUUUGCGGGAUUGUGGUCCCCCAACUCAGCGUUGCUUACAACCGGAAAAACUGCCUGCACGUGGAAGUACGACUGCAUUCUUUUCAACGCGUGCCCGGUGCUGGAAGAGUUCUAAUUUCGCGGUGCGGAAGACUUCACGAAAACCACCGAACUGUGUCCCGAAGAAAAUUCCGGUUCCGGCAACUAGGUUUUUUUUCCCAGGUCGAGGCGGACUUGCUGGCACUACUUUUUAUAUUCAGCCACUGGCUGGGACUGGGUUGUCGUUUACGUUUUGCUUUUGUUGCCCCGAAAAUCACAGAUACGGUACACUAUUUUUUUUUGUUCUGCAUACAUCACUUUUCAUCACACGUAAAAGCAGGACCACUUGUAGAUUCUCUUUUCUUGUUUUCAGUCGAAGAUCAAGAUAAAAAACGAGAAAGCACUUUCCAUAUCCUGAUUUCCAGCCCCAUAGAUUGCCGUAGCCCGGCAGUGAAAUGACGUUCUUUCUUCGGGCAGAUACGUAGAUUAUUCUCGACUUUUGCAGAGCCACAUUUGUCAUAAAGAAGCUGGUGACCCAUCUUUUUCUGUAUCGAAUCAAAAUUCAGGUCGAUGUAUGACGUUGCAAUUAUCAUUCCAGAGUUCGAGGCCGAGGGGAUGCAAUUGAAUUAGUCCUGUUUUGCUGCGUGGGGUGGGUGUCAUAUGUAUGAGGGUAAAACUGAAACUCCCAUUCCCGAUCCCGCUUCAAAGCAAGGGACGCAAAAACUCGACGGAAAGACGAGAACAAGCAACUACCAACCUUGAUGCUGAUACUUACCUGUCCUAUGCCGAG